GCUAGUUAUUAAUUCAUCACAUUUUGCACUCAUUUAAGCGGGACUGCGAUCGAAUUCAGUAUUCACAUCAGGAAACUGUGUUGACAACACUUUCGAAAUUCUAUCGUGAAGAUGAAGUAUCAAGCUGUCCUAACUCUGUUCUUUUUGUUCGUUCUUGCCUUUCAAAAUUUUAUGUUGGUGCAAUCAUGGAGCUGUCCCUAUCAGUACAACUGCGGAAAAAGACAGGUUUGUACAAAUUUUUAGUCUAGAGGACAAAAUAAUCAAAUUCGAUAUAAGAAAAUGCUAGGGAACAAGGAAACACGGUUUGAGGACUAAAACGCUACUCCUUCCAAUACGAAGGUUGUUGCUCUCUCUGGAACAAUAUGUUUUGAAAUGUCAAAUAUAUAGCUUUUAUCUUAAACCGGUGAACAUCAGAGUUAUAGCUUAUGAAUCUAUUGACUAACACUCUAUUUUGAACCAAUUGUUAAGAAUGGUGCUCUAUAAAAUCGUGGCUCUCACAAUAUUUUUAUCCUAUCUCGAAUCUCGCCAGCCUUUGCUGUUAGUCUAGGAGUCUCGAAUUUCUUUCAGAGCUCUCCAAUAACUCCAGAACUCGUUCAAACGGCAAAGGAUUUAGACUCCGAAUUAUCGUUGUGGGAGACGGAUAUCUUAUAUCGCUGCCGUUUGAAAAUAUUGGCAUGGGUUAUAAAAGCUGGAACAUCGCAAAUAAACGCUAAAAAAAAUGUGGGUAUAGUGACUCUAAGCGCAACAUACUCCUGUCAUCAACGAAAAAUCUUGAUGGAAUAUGAGCGACAUGAUGGUAGCAGUAGAAAGGUUUAUUUUUAAAAUUUUUCGGUCUCGCUUUCGGAUUUUCACAUUAAAGACUCCGCGUCUUGUGAAUUUCUGAAGCUAAUGAUGCUUAUUUGAAGUGGAGCAUAAUUAAAAUUUCUGACUACAAUUUUUACUUCUUUUUUUCUCUGCAGGUGACUGACGAUGAAACAGGUAGACUAAACAGUCGCCUUGCCAACCGUCUAAAUUCUCUGAGAAACUUCCGUACGAUGGCUGUAGAGAGACUGAUAGCGAGGAAGCAGAAGAGAGGACUGGACAAUACAGGCAUCCUGAGGGCUCAUGGGAAUGACCAAGAAUAGGAAAAUAAAAGAAAACAGAAUCUAUAGUCAGAGUGACAUAAUCGAUAUUUAUUUCAAAUAAAUGCAAUUUGAGAAACUAAGCUCGCAAAGG